GACAAAUCCACAUAACCAUAAAAUAAAAAUUACAUAUGAAAUUUAUUGCACAACAUUGUAAUUUUUUUAAUCUUAAAACGUAACUUUUUCAAUCAUUGUACAUUGUGUUGUAUUGAGUUUUAAUUACUGAUCAUAUCAUGUCUUCUCCUUGGGCUAAAAUUGAUAAACCUGAAGUUUUGAAUCUACAGGAGAUUAUGUCUGAACAAAUAGCAGCUGAUAUUGCAAAAAAAGAACAAAAAAAAUUACUGGGAAAUGUGUCUCAUGAAAUACCUCCAGAAGUGUUAGAAGCCUUAAAGGAUGAAGCUGGAUGUUUAGAAAACUAUGAUAUUCCCGAGGAACUAUAUGCUUUUUUGAAAGCUGAUGAAACAGUCGAAUCAGAUGCUGAAAUAGCUAGGACUCUACAGGCUCAAUUUGAUAGAGAACAUGACGAGGAAUUGAUGAGAUGUGAAAACAAAUUUAAUGGGGGUUCUAAAGUAUCUAUUUCAUAUAGGAACUUCAUGAGGUCUUUCGAAACUUAUUAUGACGAACAACCUGUUGAAACUCCAGAACCAAAAAAUUGGGAUCGCUUUGAAACGAUGGACAAAGAAAUAGGAGCAAUGCCGCUAUGUGGUUAUAAAAUGAUGGAUGGGGUUAUUGUAACAAAGCACGAUGCAACCAUAAAUGGAAGAAAUAAUGCUCGUAAACUCCUUUCCUUUCCUCCUGAAUUUCAAACGGGUGACGGAGAAAACAUUGACCUACAAUUAUCUAACCAAGUUUAUAACAGAUUGAAAGUUCACUCCCAAAAUAGUCAAUACUCUAAACGACAUAAAAUACGUGACAAGAGGGAAGAUAGAUCAACUACUAUGUUUGGACUGGACGAACAUACUCAUUUGCAACUGUAUAAAAUGGUGAAUGGUUCUCAAAUUCUAGAUGAUGUUGGGGGUGUUAUAAGUAUUGUUUCUCUUGCAGGAAAGGAAGCAGCUAUCUUCCAUGCAUUCAGUCACUCAGAAAAUGGGGAGGGCCCUAAAGAGUGUGCAAUUAAGGUGUUUAAGACUAGCUUAUCGGAAUUUAAAGAUAGAGAGAAAUACAUACGAAGUGAUCAUAGAUUCAAGGAUAGAAUCGGCAAACAAACCUCUAGAAAAACCGUCCACAUUUGGGCCGAGAAAGAAAUGGCCAACUUGUGCAGAUUGAAGAAAGCUGGUAUUCCAUGUCCAGAAGUUUUCUACUUGAAAGAGUGCAUAUUGGUUAUGUCGUUUAUAGGCGAAAACCGCAUUCCUGCCGAUAAAUUGAAAGAAGCUACUUUGAGCACCGACGAAUAUAUCAUAGCCUACGAUCAGGUCACAACAUUAAUGAAGACCCUUUUUUGGGAUGCCAAGUUGAUUCAUGCUGAUUUAUCUGAAUAUAACAUCCUAUGGCACAAAGGUCAAUGUUAUUUCAUUGACGUAAGCCAAUCAGUUGAACCAGUUCAUGAAAAUGCUUUCAACUUCCUUUAUAGAGAUUGCGAAAACAUUACAAACUUCUUCCAACGCAAGUCAGUUCCUGGAGUUGUUAGCUCUAAUGAGCUAUUCAAGUCAAUUACCGGUUAUUACUAUGAAGAUAAAGAACAACUUCUGAAACUACAGACUGCAGAAAAACCUAAACCUCACACUAUGGACAGGCUUCAUGAAGAAACAGAUGACAAUUUUGAUAGAGUUUGGAAUAAUCUCAAAAUUUAUAAUGAUAUAGCUGAAAAAGAAACCACACUUGUAGAAUCCUCCAAGGCAUAGAAGAAUAUGUGCUGUGAAGACUGUUUCUGCAACUACUGCUGGGAAUACUUUUUUAUGUUUGUUAUGAGUCAUUUCAUUGUAUUUUUAUUUAUUCAUUAAAUGAAAUAAUCUUUUUCA